AUAUUUACAAUUAGUCGGGAACCCAUUAAGUUAAUCUUUAAAGGCUAUAUCAAUGCGGUAUGCAAGCAUUUAGUUCUGUAAUUAUAUGCUCCGAUAAACACUUUAUUGUUUGAAAAUGUUUGCCGUCCUAGUGUCGUGUUUAUAGCCAACGAGGAUAGUAUAAACUUCAGACGGUUUAUAAAUAUGUCAGCUGUAUGUGCCGGAUAUUUUUUUGUUCUGUGAAGACUUUUCUCAAUGAUGGCGGACAAGUUGUAUAAAACAAAAAAAGUUUACGUUGCAGUGUUUUUAAAUAAGAAACCAAAUGAAAAGCUGAAUAUAAAAGUGUCAAUCGAACAUAACGACGAGGAAGAUAUUGAUGUCAACAAAAUAAGAACACUUUGCAAAACAUUACUGGGUUAUGAACUUGAGCCAGACAUUUUCAUAAACAACAAAAAGGAUGAAGUAAAUGAAAAGCUAAAGAAUAUUUCCGAGACAAUCGCGAAGGAGUAUGAUUGUUUUAUGCUAUUUUUCCUUGGGCAAAUAGAUCAUUCGAAGGAAACCGACGACCAAUCCCUUAAAUUUCGAUUUUGGGAUGGUUCCUUGCCAAUAGAUGAAAUCCAAAACUGUGUCAAAAAGUCUUCAUAUAUGGCUGGAAAACCAAAAAUAUUUGUAUUCCAAGCUGAUGAUACCCGUCUUUUACCGACUACUGUUAGGACUAAGGCAAAACCAAUUGACGAAAAAGAAGAACCCGAGCAAAAGACAAAGAAAGUGCCAACUGACGCCGAUAUGUUGAUUAUCACUAGCACUAUUCCACAACUUCUGGCAAAUACACAGAAUGAAAGAUUUCUGCAAUAUACAGGAUUUGUCCAAGAGAAAACAAAGGGCGUGCAACCAAGUGAUUUGAGAGGCUCAUUUUUAAUUGAGACUUUUGUGGAAACAUUGCUGGACAAGAGCAACAGAAAUAUUGAUAUUCUUACCCUGACCACAAAGAUAAAUGGUAAAAUAGAAGAUUUAAGUGAAAAUGUCAGGAAAGACGAAAGAUUUGAUGAUGAAAUUAAUCAACAAAUUUUAGACAAACUUGAGCUGCCGCUCACGACGUCAACGUUAACAAAACUCGUUGUGUUUAAAAAGUAGACACCUAAUAUCAAAAGGUAUAUUUGAUGUUCAGUUCUCCAUUUUGUGUUUAGACAGAUAAUAUGGAUGCAAAUUUGUACAUUCAUACCAUGGAAUGAAUGUAUAAUUAUGCUGAUGUAUACGAGGAUUAGAUACUAUAAUUAAUAAAUACACAGAUUCGACACUUUAAGCGUUGACCUUCAAUUUAAAAAGUCAAGGUCAAGUUCACCAACACAGCGAGAAUAUUUUGAUGUGCAUUGUAAAGUUUUUACUGACUCAGGUUUUCAAUAAUUAUUUUGUUACAGUUUGGAGUUAACUAGUGUCGAUCAUAAAUAAAACAAUGUAUGAUAAAAUGUGAACUGCUGGAUAUACAUGUGAUUUCGAAUUUCGAUAACAUUCUCACCCGUUGAGUUACACACUUGGGAAUGGAAAAUAAACACAGGAUUGAAGUUAUGCGUGUUGAAUUUUACAAGACCGUUUACUAUGUUUAUUAUCAACAGAGAGGACUUCAUAUUCAAUAUCAAUGAAUACAAAUGAUAAAUAAAUGGAUGGACGCAUAAUUAUGUUAUACGGAUAACUAAAGAUUAACCAUCAUUUUUAACUAUUUUCUUAUAAAGCUUGUAUGUGUAUUUUUGUUCAUAAUAAACAGAAUUACUAAUUCUUGUUCA